AUGGCAGAUGCACCGGGGGAAUCUCGGCAUGGGGCGAUGGAUAUGGUGGAAGUUGGGAAGAGCAGGGAGGAGGAGAGGGAGGAAGGGCAAGGGAGGUACCUGAGGAGUGACAGCCCAGGGGACAAGUCGAAGACCUUCUACUUCGUGUCCGACCCUUUCAACCACGAGCUGAGAUGGUAUGCGGACAGAGGAAAAUGGCAGGAGAAUCUGGAUCCAGUAGGAAGUCUUGACUUGACAGACUGUCGGGUGAGCGAUCACGGGCACUGUGUUGAAGGAUACUGCCUCCACUUGUCGAGCCAUGAUGGCAGGAGCAUCAGGCUUUUCACGGGGGACGGUGAGAACGGGCGAGCAUGGUUCCUAGCGCUUAAUCAUGCCGUGCGCAAGACGCGAGCGCAGGCCCCAGCGCAGCCUGCGGCAGAGACUCUACGUACGCAAUGGAAGGUGCUGAAGCGCAUGAAAGGAGGCAUCCAUGAGACUCGCAUCCUCGUCUUGGACUUCGACCUUAGCCAGCUGUACAACAUGUCGGAGGACGGAGUCGUCAAGAAGAAGUUCAGGUUUUCCGCCAUCUCCAGGCUCACGCAGGAUCCUGUCUCGAGUGUUGUGACGGUUCACUUCAACAUCAGGAGGCAGAGGCCUUACCAGCUGAAGUUCGAGAAUGCAAGCGAUAGGAACAACUUCGUUCAGUCUAUGCUGAAAUUUGUCAUCAAACCUUCCCACAUCUCGGAGGUUGAAUCCAACAGUAUACAUGAGCUCCUCUCCGUCGAAGAGAACGAUGCUCUAAUCUUUCAGCGAUGGAAGAAUAACAUCUGCAAGGACCCUGAGAUGGUCCAGCGUCGCGAUCCUCGUCUAACGACCAAGAUCAAGCUUCUCCUCAACAGAAUCAUCUACAUCCCUAGGAACCCGGCUGAGCCCGUGAUAGACGCCGAAGAAGGAGGGAACGUCAUUCAUCCUAGAUCACCUGCCGCAAUCGCUCUGGCCGCGCUCUCGGGCGUGUGCUUGCUGUACACUGUUGCGACCGCUCCCUACAUCCUUGCUUUCUACUGGGACAAAGGAGCAUGCACAUCAAGCAAUCUAGAUGUGUCGGACAUGUUUGUAAGACGAUGGAGGGAUGGGGUGAAAGAUGCUGAGUGCGACUUGCAGGUCGACACGGUCUUCAUGCUGGAGAUUGUGAUGUCUUUCUGCAUUGGAAGAUACGUGCAUGGCAAAUACCUAUCAAAGUUUGGACUCGUCGCUCGGGACUACAUCUACUCUGGCCAGCUGCUCUUUGACUGCAUCACCUCCAUCCCCGUCGCCUGGAUCGAAUACUCUCAGAGGAUUCUGUGCUCAGAGGACAAGACAGGGGACGGACGUUCCGUCGUUAGCCUCCUCCGCGUCGUCCGUAUCAUCAAGCCGCUCCGCCUGCUCCGCCUGCUCAGAAUGCUGAAGCUCUUCAAUCACAGGCUGUUCAAGGCUGUGAAGGACUCGAUGAGGAUCAAACCUGACGCUGUGCGCGUGAUCAACCUCGUGUUCAUGGUCAUGACGUCCUCGCACCUGUCCGCCUGCGUCUUCUGGCUAGUCAAGAUCCUGUCGAACCCCGGGGAGGACGUCAACCGCUUCCUGGAGAUGAACAACCACCACGACCCCUGGUUCUGCGACUCUCCUGACCAGGUAGGGGACCUGAGCUGCAAGAGGGGGAACGUCUUCAGCGUCUACAUCAUGUGCAUCUACUUUGCUAUGACGACCAUCACGACGGUGGGCUAUGGCGACAUCGCUGGGUCCACCACGGAGGAGCGGAUAGUCUGCAUGUGCAUACAGUGCUUCGGCUCCGUCAUCUUCGCCACCAUCAUGUCGCAGAUCUCAACGGUAGGAUACGAAUCAUGUGAUGCCGCAGGGUGUGACUGA